AUCACAGUGGGCAGAUCUACGCCUCUCACAUCCUGGUGACAGCGGCUUUUACGCAGCAAAUGAGGGGGAAAUCAGUCGCGCCAUGCCGCUUUUUAAAAACAUGAAUCAGCCUUAUGAUUAAUAUCUUAUAUCAUUUUUUAUUUUCCAUCUAAAAUUCGAACCAAGUUUCGGUUUAAUGGGGGAAAUUGACGGUGACGCGCGUUAAAAGAGAGAAGGGGGUGAUGUGGAAACGAAAUUAGACCCAGAACAUGAUUGAACUAAUACUUUGUUGAGUCCAAAAUACGUUUAAAAUGAAGAGGAGAUGGAUUCGCCGCAGGCUGCUUGUCUUAAUCUUCACCUUCUUCAUCAUCCUCUACGUGGAUUUUCAAUUAAACACCAGCAACCCACCCAAACUCAGUGCGCCCCACGGUCUACCCUCGCCCAUCCAGAAGACUCCGUCCCCGGCUGACGACGCUCAGAAGCCGGCCACACACAGCAUCAGCAGCACCGGUGGACACCUGACCACCGAGGACGCACCAGUCAUUAUUCAGCCCAGAGUGAGACAGGAGGAGAUCUUCAUCGCUGUGAAGACCACGGGCAGAUUCCACAAGACGCGUCUUGCGCUCCUUUUGGAGACGUGGAUCUCCAGAACCAAGGCGCACACGUUCAUUUUCACAGACGUGGAGGAUGCUGACCUGACUUCAGAAGGUUACAACAUGGUGGUCACAGGCUGUCAGUCAGAUCACAGCCAGCAGGCUCUGUCUUGCAAGAUGUCUGCCGAGUACGACGGCUUCAUGGCCUCGGACAAGAGGUGGUUUUGCCACGUGGACGAUGACAACUACGUGAACCUGGGAGCCCUGCUCUCUCUGCUCUCAGCCUUCCCCCAACAGAGUGACAUCUACGUGGGCAAACCGAGCCUGGACAAGCCCAUCACUGCUCAUGAACUUCUGGAGGGCAACGCAACGAGGGAGGUGCAGUUCUGGUUCGCCACAGGUGGAGCAGGAUUCUGUCUCAGUCGCUCUUUGGCAGAAAAGAUGAGUCCAUGGGCCAGUGGCUCCCGGUUCGAGCAGACGUCCGCCACCAUCCGUCUCCCUGACGACUGCACGGUGGGCUUCAUCGUGGAGAAGAGACUGGGCAUCUCCAUGGUGAACUGUCCGCUAUUCCACUCUCACCUGGAGAACCUGCUGCUCGUGAACCACAGAAGUAUCCCACAACAGGUGACACUGAGCUAUGGGAUGUUUGAGAACAAGAUGAACAGCAUCGAGGUGAAAGGAAGAUUCUCCAAAGAGGACGACCCCUCCAGGUUCAGGACUGUCCACUGCAUGCUGUACCCUCUCACCAGCUGGUGUCCUUGAACUCAUCACGAGUGACGACGACUACUUCCAGAAACAAGUGGGACAUGACUGUUGGACCUCCUGCAUCAGGGAUUAGACACUCACUGAUUGUCUUCCACUUUAUCUGUCCACACGGCGGUCGAGCAGAAAUUACAGAUGAGUUCAAUGUGAGGUGGAUUCAGUUUGAUGGUCACUCUUAAUGUGCGUUAAACAUAUAACAUGCAUGAGUUUGGCUGAAGGAUUAUUUGCGUUUACAUUAAAUAAGGUAAUACUCACCAUGAGUUUUGUGGUAUAUAUAUGUAUUUUUAUUUUUUUUAUUCAAGUUUGAAUAUUUCAAGUCGAGUACAUUUGGGACCUUUGCUUUAUUUGACUCUGUGUGUACAGUCAUCCAAAUGGCAGCUGAUGAUAAUCUAAACUCCUGAUUUGACAUUUUGCAAAACAGCACUUUUCUAGUCUUGAUAAUGACACAGCGUCGCUUUAAGCUACAGUUUUUGCCAGUUUUUCACUCACACAUUCAUACAGCACAUCCACAUUUCCGCCACACGUCUUAUCCGGGAUACUCGGCUCCUGUUGGACGACACCAGCUGUCAAUCACACAGGUGUCCACACCUACAGCAUGUAUUGUUUUAUUGUUUAUUGUCGAAAACAUGUUCGAUUGAAAAGGAACUAAAACUAUUACUGCAGUCCAUUCACUCCUCAGAUAAAUGUUUAUUGUUGUAAAUCAUGUAUCAUGAAAUAGGCUCAUUUUCUCAUUGACCUCUUUUUUUGCAACUAGUGGAGUCGCCCCCUGCUGGCUAUUCAGUGUAUUUUGUACUUCCGUGUUGGCGUCAAAGUGGAAGACGACAUCCACUUCUUAUGUACGGCCUUUGAUAGAAUGUCGUCAGGUGUGAACACACCAGUGCUUUCCUUAAAUGACAGUGUACAAAGUGAACCAUAUGAAAAGUGAAGCACUUAUUAAAACUCAUUUUUGUUGAAAAA